UCCAAACGGCCAAUCUAUAUAAAAACACAUAUGAAACGACAGCGAUCGCUGCAAUUCUUUUCUGAAGGCAGAUUAUCGUCGUUGGCAGUGCGCGAAGACAGCUCGUCAAGAGUAGUGCAGUGUAGACCGUGCAAGUGCCCUCCGUCAGUGAUAUCAGUACAAUAAUAUAGAUACCACGGAUGCUACAGUCUUCACUGGCGUCGACGACGGACGCACUUCCUGCGGGUUUUUUAGGCUUGAAUCUUCCGGAUAAUCGGACCGUAGACGAAACGAUCACCUCAACCGCGGUGAUGCUUCGGAACAUCCAACGCCAUGACUUGUAAACUCCUGCUGCUUGCAUUCGGUGUUAUUGUGGCGCCGUUGCUAAUUCUGGCUGAUGAUACGAACACGAUUGACGUGGAUAGAAUUCGACAGCAUCUACCCAUCAACCUUCAGAAUCUUUCUAUUCCUGAUUUCGAUGAAAUAGAAAAUGCGCUCAAAGAGAAGUGUAUUAAGGCUGGUGGGAAUGAUGAUUCCUACGAACAUGCUAAACAAGGUGCCAAAGAUCUAGCUAACUGCAUCAAGAAUCUAGUAGAUGUGGAUCAAUUCCGUCAGGAAGUUGAGCAGGCAAAACCUACUGGAGAUUUGGACACCGUGUUUAACAAAUAUUGUCGUAAGCGCAACACGCUGUUGGAGUGUGUAAAUACUUUUUCGAAUUCUCUCGACCCAUGUCUGGAUAGUGACGAAGAGCGCCACAAGGGAUAUGGUGUCGACGUGUUCAAGAACUUGCUAAACUUUGUGUGUCACAAGGACGGUGAUCAAAUUGCGCUUUUCAUCGCUGAAAAGGGACCGGAAUGCUUCCAGGAACAGAAAGAUGAUCUUAUCAAAUGUGUGAACGGUACAUUUUCGGGAUAUUUGAAAGAUGUGGAUACAACGGGAAGCACAAUUCCAAAGCUCGUCAUUGGGCCGAAACAAUGCGAAGAUUUUGCCAAGCUACAGGAUUGUUUUGUUCGUGAAUUGGAACAAUGUGAGGAAUCUACUCCAGCCAAUCUUGUCGAGUCGCUUUUCAGAUUCGUUAGAAAAGGCUCGCCGUGUGACCCAAAAGUGAAAAACAGUCGCAGAUAACACGGGAGUUCAACGAAGGGUAUUUUUGAUUACGUAAUUGUUUUAUAAAAAAAUAUAUCAUGAAUGAAUAAAGCUGAUUUUGGUCUAAACGUGAAGAAUAAAA